AUGGUUGUCCUUGCUGCGUCCAUUUGCACCCGCGGCGGCAAGGCCGUUCUCGCGCGGUCAUUCCACGACAUCAAGCGAUCGCGCAUCGAAGCCCUCCUAGCGUCCUUCCCGAAGGCGGCGAACUCGGGCACACAGCACACCACCGUCGAGCAGGACAAUGUCCGAUUUGUCUACCAGCCGUUGGACGAGCUGUACAUGGUGCUCAUCACCAACAAGCAGUCCAACAUUCUGCAGGACAUCGACUCGCUGCACCUUUUCGCCCAGGUCGUGACCAGCACCUGCAGGAGUCUCGACGAACGUGAAAUCCUCAGGAAUGCCUUCGAGCUUAUUAGCGCCUUCGACGAACUGGUGACGCUCGGGUACCGGGAGAACUUGACCACCAGCCAGAUUAAGACAUUUUUGGAGAUGGAGAGUCACGAAGAGCGGAUUCAGGAGAUUAUUGCCCGGAACAAAGAGUUGGAGGCCACCGAGGAGCGCAAGAGGAAGGCCAAGCAGCUGGAGAUGCAGCGCAAGGAGUCUGGGAGGAGCGGCGGUCGCAGCGGUGGCAUGAGCCGGCCGCCCGUCUACCCGACGUAUACUCCCCCGGUGCGGCCUGCCGUCACCGAGACAUACGAUACUUACGAGGCCGAGAAGAACAAGUCCAAGUUUACCGCACCAAAGGGCAAGGGUAUGCAGCUGGGCAAGAAGUCCAAGACCACAGACAUGUUCGAACGCGUAAAGACAGAGCUGGGGCCAGUGGACGACACCCCCCUUGUGCCCGUCGCCACCCCGUCUGCCCCAGAACCGAGCGCGGCCCCUCGGAUAUCGUCGACAUUAGACCGAGACGCGAUCCACGUCACAAUCAACGAGGCCAUUACGGCCAAAAUCUCCAGAGAAGGGGGCCUGAACUCGUUCUCCGUCAGCGGCGACCUGUCGCUGCGCGUGACGGAUGCGUCGCUCACCAAGCUUAAGUUGAACCUCGAUGCUACGCCGUCGCAUGGCGCGCAGUUCCGGACCCAUCCCAACGUGGACAAGAACGCAUUCAAUAGUUCCAAGACGAUCCAAAUGGCCAACGUAGCGCGGGGCUUCCCUGUGAACAACGCCGUGGGCGUUCUCCGAUGGCGGGCGGCUCCCAAAGCGGACGAUACGAGCGUGUUACCCAUUACCUUUACUGUCUGGGUUAACAAGGGCUCGGAUGGCAACUGCACGCUGACAAUCGAGUACGAGUUGACCGGAAGCGAUACAUUGAAGGAUGUCAGCGUUGUUGUACCAUUCACAAGUGCCGAACCCUCCAUUUCCAGCUUCGACGCUGUCUACGAGGUUUCUGGCGACAGCCUGGAGUGGUCCAUCGGCACGGUCAGCGAGGAGAACCCCAGCGGGGCGUUUGAGUUUGAGGCGCAGACGGACGACGAGGACGAGUUCUUCCCGAUGCAAGUGCGGUUCUCGAAGACGACACCCUUCAUGGACGUUGAUGUCCGAUCGGUUGAGCUGAUUGAGAUGAACGAGGAGGUUACGUUCUCCAAGGAGAUCAAAUCGGUUGCCGAGGGCUAUGUAAUCGAGUAG